AUGGGGUCUCAGAAACGAAAGUCUCCGCGAAAUGCGGCUGCAGCGCCAAAUAAAAGCAACAAAGAGCUUUCGGGAAGUCAUGGGCCCGGUCGCAAAGCCGAGGCGGGCACUUUACAAUUCUUGAUAGCAGUGGGUGGUAUCUAUGGAUCAUUCAACAGAUCGAGUUUAACACCUUUCUCUACUAGUUUAACCUGGGCACUACUCCAGGAGCGCCUCACGACCACCCCGUACGGUCCUUUGACGGCACCUGAAUUCUUCAAGUUUCCUGUUGUUCUUAAUACAUUUCAGUCCCUCUGUGCUGCCCUAAUUGGCUGUGUUUACCUUCGCCUCACAACAAGUGGCGGCCCGAAGGCCCCGAUAUUCCCAAACUUCGGCAUAUUUUUGCCAUUACUGAUUGUCGCAAUCACAUCUUCACUUGCCUCGCCCUUUGGCUACGCCUCCCUUGCUCACAUAGACUAUAUCACAUUCACCUUGGCUAAGUCUUGCAAGUUACUUCCGGUUAUGUUUCUGAACAUUAGCCUCUUUCAGAAAAGAUACCCCAUAUAUAAGUACCUUGUAGUCCUGACCGUCACCCUUGGGGUAGCAGUCUUCACCCUCAAUACUGGAUCGGGAAAGAAGAAAACUUCCCAAGCUGCUCUGAAUCCUGACCGCAAUCGUGCAUGGGGGCUUUUACUCUUAGGCAUCAACUUACUUUUUGAUGGCUUAACAAACACGACACAGGAUUACAUUUUCCAAUCCUUUCAACCAUACAAAGGACCACAGAUGAUGUGCGCAAACAACAUAAUUAGUUCAGCCCUCACCCUUAUUUAUCUGACCUUCUCUCCCUAUCUAAUGCAGACAUGGAUUGGAGCGUAUCUUGGAGCCAAUGUCCCUUUGUCCAUGGGCGAUGGUGGAGGAGAGUUGGCAUCAGCACUAGCUUUCAUGGCACGUCAUCCAUGGGUCUGGCUCGAUGUAAUUGGCUUCGCCCUUUGUGGAGCUGUUGGUCAAGUCUUUAUCUUUUACACCUUAUCAACCUUUUCAUCGCUCCUACUAGUGACGAUAACUGUAACGCGAAAGAUGUUGACGAUGAUUCUCUCAGUUGUAUGGUUUGGCCAUACCCUUGCCCCGACCCAGUGGCUUGGAGUAAGUUUAGUCUUUGGUGGAAUUGGAGCGGAAGGUAUCAUGGCUCGGCGAGGGAAGUCUACUGGCAGCACAAAGACCCCGGCUACGACAAAGAAAGAGCUGUAG